AUGAGUUUCCCCGAUGAGAGGCCCUUUUCCAGAGUGAGUUAUUAUAGCUCUGAGGAUGAGGAACCGACAGGAGUAUUCCGAAGAGGCUCCAGAGCUCUUCGAGGUCGGGGUUUUGGCCUCAGCUUGGAGAUGGCCCACAGUGGCCAGGGUGAGGGCGGGUUCCAGGGCCCCUGGGGCUAUGAAUUUGAGACAGAAGCGAGGGAGGCAGUGCUUUGGGGAAGAGAAGAACGUCCUAGCACUGCCAUCGAAGAUGACGGUGGCGGCGGCGGGGGAGGCGACGACGACUACAACGACAACCAGGACGGCAAAGGUGACCCUUCGGCCCCUGCGGCCCUCUUUUCUCAAGAGUCUGCGACCACCGUCAUACAGCAGCUGCUUGACCGGGAUGCCUAUGGCGUCCGUAGUUUCUCGCCCCCACAGAGCUGCUCGGUCGAAGUGCCCUCCCGUUGGGUGGCCCGUGCUAGAGGUGCGCGCAUACUGAGCCGUGUAGAAGUGCCGAAGGCGUCAGUUGCCCCCCUCCGCGUCAGUGGGCCCGAGAGAGGGCGAGCCUGGCGGGUCCCUGAGAGAGGCUCCAGGGGUAGGUUGAGUGUCUCCGGGGAUUGGCGGUGGCCCACUGCAGAAGGCCUGGGCACGCUGCCUUCUGACACCGAGUCAUCCGAUGACGUCAGUGAGCUGCAGAUGGUGAGAAUGCGUAUAUACACAAAAGAGGUGGAUGCAGCCAGCGCCAGUAGCCCUGAGAAUGCCGGAGACUCGGCCCCAGCCUCAGGUUUCGUUGGUGGGGAGAGUCUGUGUUACAUGUCAGGAUCCUCGGUGCCCUACGCUGCCCGAGGAGCCCCCAUGGCGGUGGGGGGGCAGGCUGCUGCACGUCGGGAGACCUCUCCCGCCAAGCACGUGGCUGGUACGGUUUGGGGAAAGGGGCGGGGCAGGCCCAGCUGCUCUGGAGCUUGUCCUACACGCAGCCCGCCAGGGGCUAGGAAGAAGAAAGAGCUCCAAGACAGGAAGCACCUUGUGAGUCCCUCCAAAGUGGCGCUGGGGAGAAUCUUUCCUUCCUGGGGCCAGAGAGUCUCGGCAGUUCCUCCGGAACCUGCCAGCUUCCCACCAAUCGCUGGUGUGCCCCUGCUUGGGUCGGCCAAGAGGCUUCCCCAGGUGCCUCAGCCAACGAAACGGCCCAAGCCCACUGGUGCCGUUGGGAAGAAAUGUGUGGCCAGGAAGCCCAGGGAGCGUGAGCAGGUGACCGGAGAAGACAACGAUGCAAAUAGAAAUCCAGUCACCAAGGACCAGAAGCUUCCAACACACAGACCAGGACCAUCUUCUCAGAGUGUGUAUCGUAGAGAACGCAGCAGUGGCGGCAACCGUGACCUUAGAGGCCUCCGAGUUUCAGGAAUCUCUCUGCCUUUGGCCUCAGACCAGGGAUAUGCCUCAUCCAGAGGGCCUGCACGUUCAAGUGACCAGGAACCACCUGACCGUCCCUCGAGACAGGGAAGACAGCAGCAACUCCCUGGAGGACAGGGUUGCUCUCAGUGUGUUGUUCUAAAGGAGGAAAUAACCAACCUUAAGGAUCAAAUUGGUAUGAAGAAUCUCUGGCUGGGGCAGACUCACAACCGGGGGCGGACGCAGACAGCGGCUUCUUAG